GUGGACUCUUUCUCUCACCUUCAAAACCUUCUAUUUCUAUUUCUAGAAGAAUUAUUUUAUCUCAAGCCAAAUAUUAUAAAGAAAGACUUGCUAUAAGUGUAGAAUUGGAGGCUAGCUAUUCAAAAUUUCAAAUCAAUGGCAUACUUCCAAUACAGAAGAAUGAGCGUGAUAUUGUGGGAAAAGCAGCAGAAAAAGGAGAAGAAAAAGAAGGAAGAAGAAGGCGGCAAACAUGGAGGAGAGAGAAAGGAGGAAGACGAUGUUCUAAUUCCUCCUACCAAUUUUUCAAUGGUGGAAGAUGGGCUUUACAGAUCUGGGUUUCCUGAUUCUUCCAAUUUCGGCUUUCUCGAAACCCUAAAUCUCAAGUCUAUCAUAUAUUUGUGCACUGAGCCAUACCCAGAAGAGCAUUUGAAGUUUCUUGAAUCACAUAAUAUUCGAUUGUUCCAAUUUGGAAUUGAGGGGACUAAGGAGACAAUCCCUGAGGAUGUCAUCUAUGAAGCUCUUAGGAUUUUGAUAGAUGUAAGAAACUACCCAAUUCUGAUUCACUGCAAACGUGGAAAGCAUCGAACCGGUUGCCUCGUUGGUUGUCUUAGGAAGUUGCAGAACUGGUGUUUGGCAUCAGUUUACGAGGAAUACCAGCGUUUCGCAGGUGCUAAAGCUAGGGCAAAUGACAUGAAGUUUAUGGAGAGAUACGAUGUUUUGCGCAUUAGACAGUCUCUUUACAGUCUCAUCUACCAAUACCAUGGUUAUGGUUCGAACAAGAGGCGGUUGCUCGACAGAGAAGACAACUUGGCGAAACCCCGGAUCAAAUCAAGCUAAGAUAAGCCAAGUUAGAGUAGGUUUUUGACAAAACUUUUGCUUGUCAAAAAUUUUUACUCUCUGAUUCUUUUAUACUCUAAUUGGGAAAGUUUUGUUUUUGGCCGUCCUUAUGCCUGCAUUGUUCUUUUAAGGCAGUUUGGAACAAGUGUGGAAAUAUUGUUUUUUUUUCCCUUCUUUUUUUCCUUUGAUUAUUUUUGGUGACCAUUUCCUCACGUAGGACUAAUUCGAGGAAAAGAGAGAGAGAGAGAAAAGGAAAGGAUGUCUUUUUACAUUUUUAAAUAGAAAAAUUGCUGUAUACCACCCCGAUUUAUCAAUGAAAGAAAAAUUUCCCAUA